CCCCGAGCCGCGGCUGCACAGCUGCGCCAGCCCUGCCCGCCUCCUGCUGGCCAAGGGACCCCUGGGGCCCUGGCCUGCCCCGGAGCCGGGGACAGCUGUGCCUCCCGUCACAAUGAACAUCGUCCUCUCCGGGGACAGCCAAGUGCGGGUGAUGGAGAACACGGUGACCAGCACUGAGAAGUCCUUCGGCCAGUUCUGCACGCUGCUGGCCGCCUACACCCGCAAGACGGCCCGGCUGCGGGACAAGGCGGAUCAGCUCGUCAAGCAGCUCCUGGACUUCGCCAACGCCGAGCAGCCCGAGCUGCGGGCCACCGUGAGGGACUUCGCCGAGGACUUGGCCAAAGUGCAGGACUACCGGCAGGCAGAGGUGGAGAGGCUGGAGACCAAGGUGGUCACCCCCCUGAAGCUCUACGGGGCGCAGAUAAAGCACACCCGGGCAGAGAUCAAGAAAUUCAAACGUGUCCGAAGUAAUGAGAUCAAACAACUGGAAAAGCUGGAGAAACUGAGGCAGAAGUCACCUUCAGAUCGGCAAAUGAUCUCCCAGGCAGAGACAAGCGUGCAGAGGGCCUCCGUGGAUGCCAGCCGCACCACCCACCAGCUGGAGGAGACGAUCGAUGCCUUCCAGAAGCAGAAGCUGAAGGACCUCCAGAAAAUUUUUUUGGACUUUGUCACCAUUGAGAUGGUCUUCCACGCCAAAGCGGUAGAGGUGUAUUCCAGCGCCUUCCGGACCCUGGAGAACUAUGACAUGGAGAGAGACAUGGAGGAUUUCAGAGCCAAGAUGCGCGGAGCUUAUGGGCACUACGACGCUCGGCCGCUCGGCGAUACCACCCGCUCUGCGUCCCUCCCGUGGGCUGUCGCCAGCCAGAGUGUCCAGAGCACCAUACGGAGCCAGGGGGGAGAAGAGGAGGUGAACGAGGACAACUCCGUGGAGGAGGAGCAGGUGGAGGAGCUCAGGGGACAGGACGGGGACCCCAACAGUAGUAGGAAAUGACACCCCAGAGCAGUUGGAAGAACCCGGAACUGACUCUGUAUCCAGUGGGCUGUGCUGUGUGACCUCGGUCAGGUCAAGUGGCCUCUGAGCCUCAGUUUCCUCAUGUCACUACCCCUCACCUCCAGGUUGCUCCAGGGACCAAUGUGACUAGCGGGGCCUAGCACACAGCAGCUGCUCAAUAAACGCCUGUCCCGUG